AUGGAGAUGUCAGCCUAUAGCUCCAUCGCAGUUCUUUCUUCUUGCUUUGUUCUUUUGACAUUGGCAUGGAAACUGUUCAACUGGAUUUGGUUAAAGCCCAAGAAGCUUGAGAAGCUGCUCAAACAGCAGGGCUUCAAAGGGAAUCCAUACAGACUUCUGUUUGGAGACUUGAAAGACAUCUCAAACUCAGCAAGAGAAGCUCGGUCCAAGCCAAUUAGUUUGUCCGAUGAUAUUAUCCCAAGAAUCAUACCUGAGUUCCAUAAACUUGUCCAAAAAUAUGGUACGAAAACAUAUAUAUGGUAUGGGCCAGAGCCAGCUAUAUUCAUCCAGGACCCUGAACUCUUAAGGGAGGCUGCCCAAGCAAUUACUGUCUUUCAUAAGCCUGAUGCUGGCCAAUUCACCAGAUUGUUGACGCCAGGACUAGCAAGCUACAAUGGAGACAAAUGGGCAAAACACAGAAAACUCAUUAACCCAGUUUUCAAUGGGGAGAAGUUGAAGACCAUGCUCCCUGCUUUUCAAACAAGUGCUAGUGAGAUGAUGAGAAAAUGGGAGGAGAUUGUUUUGCCAAAAGGGUCUUGUGAGUUGGAUAUUUGGCCCUAUCUUCAAAGGGUAACGUGUGAUGCAAUUUCCAGGACUGCAUUUGGCAGUAACUAUGAGGAAGCAAGGAAGAUAUUUGAACUUCAAGGAGAGCAGCUUGAGCAUUGUGUCAAGGCUGUAUGGUCCAUGUUCAUCCCUGGAUGGAGGUUCUUGCCAACUAAGAGAAACCGAAGAAUGAGACAAAUUGAGAAAGAAGUUGAUGAUUCAAUCAGGAGAAUUGUAAAUUCAAGAUUAAAAGCAAUGAGAGCUGGGGAUUCCUGUGAUGAUGACUUUUUGGGUAGAUUACUAGAAUCCAAUUCUCAAGAAAUUCAUAAACAUGGGAGCAAGGGUGUUGGAAUGAGUACCCAAGAGGUGGUAGAAGAGUGCAAGCUCUUCUAUUUUGCAGGACAGGAGACAACCUCAGUGCUGCUUUUGUGGACAAUGAUAUUAUUGAGUAGGUAUCAAAACUGGCAGAAACGUGCUAGAGAAGAGGUUUUGCAACUAUUUGGCACUAACAAACCAGAUAAUGAUGGCCUAAAUCGUCUAAAAGUUGUAACUAUGAUAUUAUAUGAAGUGCUAAGGCUAUAUCCACCGUUACCUGUCAAUAGUCGAAGAACAGCUGAAGAAGCUAGAUUGGGCAAUCUAUCCAUCCCUGCUGGAAUUCUAAUCUUAAAACACAUAGCGUUAAUUCAUCAUGACCCUGAAUUAUGGGGGGAUGAUGUGAAGGAGUUCAAACCAGAGCGAUUUUCUGAUGGCGUGUCAAAUGCAGCAAAGGGUCAAGCUGCAUUCUUCCCAUUUGGUUGGGGACCUCGUAUCUGCACUGGUCAAAAUUUUUCUAUGUUGGAAGCAAAAAUAGUGAUGGUGAUGAUCCUGCAAAGAUUCUCCUUUGAAUUUUCACCAUCCUACUCACAUGCUCCCUACUCACUGAUCACACUUAAACCACAGCAUGGAGCUCACUUGAUUUUGCAGAAGCUGUAGGUUGUACUAAAUAACUUGGAAAUCCUAUGUGGAUAUGGUGUUUUCACAAAUCAUUCAUAAUCUAAUGGUGGUUUCGCUAGUAAAAUGGUUGUAAUGUGU